CAUUCUAGAACAGGAAGUGAGUGUGUGACUUGCUGCGCUGUGACUCUUCAUUCUGAUGGCUAAGAAAGUGUUGACGUUUGUUCGUCAAAGUUAAGAUCUCUGUACAUACGAGCGCACAGCGGACAUGGCCUCAGACCCUGUGGUUUAAGAGUGCUCUGGAGUCUCAUCUUCCACCCUGCCAGGCUUCAGGCUCCCACUGUGGAUCACUACAUGAGUCACUGUACCACAUAGAGCUGGGCCCUGACGAGUUCCGUGAUGGGGAACAUAUUGAAGGGAGAGGACGAAAAUAAAUCCAAUAUGGACAACAAUGACAGCACCCUGAGGGAUUCUGAGGAUGAAAUCCUCAUCGUGCUCCAAGACUACCCAUCUCCAGAUGUCAGCGAGCCCCUCUUCAGGAUGGGAGAGAAGCUCAAGGCCGUUUCUCAAGAAGUCGGUUGGUGGAGAGUCCAGUCUGGCCCACCAGGAAGUGAAAACUAUAUUCCUAACAACUAUGUAGCAAAGGUGUAUCAUGGUUGGCUGUUUGAGGGAGUAAUGAGACGGAAGGCAGAAGAGCUGCUCCAGCUCCCUGGACACAGACUGGGCUCCUUCAUGGUCAGAGAGAGCAUCAAAGACAAAGGUGUGUACUCCCUGUCAGUGAAGCACAGGUCCAUAAAGCACUACAAGGUCCUGCGACUGGACAACAGCUGGUACUACAUCUCACCGAGGCUCACUUUCCAGUGCCUGGAGGAUAUGGUUAACCAUUACUCUGACUCAGCAGAUGGCCUGUGCUGUGUCCUCACCACCCCGUGUCUGUCUGGGAACGCCUCCACCCUGGAAGGCCCCCCACAGGCGCCCCCGGUGGUCAUGAGGCGCCACUUUGACUGGAAGAAAGUAGACAGAAAAGAGCUGGUGAGCUUAGAGAACCCCGGUAGCCCGGACAACAAGGACGCCAUGGUGAGCUAUGGCGUUCGGAACAGCAUGGCCUCCUACCUGUCCCUGACGGGGGCCCUCGACCCCGCGGAGAAGAAGAAGAGCCGGAAGAAAAAGAGCAAGUCUCUCUACGUUCUCCCCAACGGUACUCUGGACAACAUGGACUAUGACUUCUAGACAGAAGGAGCAGGGUCUGGAGCAGGGAGCUUACAAACCUAUUUAUCCAUGUGGAGUGGAGCCAGAAAUACGUGUCAGAGUUGAGUUGACACAUAUUUGAAGAUUUGAAGAGUCCCCUGAGAUGAUCUGAAACUAAACAGUGACAUUUGAAUCUGUACUGAAACAACUGGUUUAGGGUUAUUUUCUUAUGUAGGCUUCUUCACUUUUGAACAAGGAUAUCAGACAGGGGUAUAGACAGCCCUGCUGCUGUGAAACCCACAGGG